GACAGCACACAGAAGACAUUUGUCAGGACAGUGUCAGUCUGAUGGUUGAACUUCUGUUUUCACCUGUUAAAAAGGGACCAGUGGACAUGUUCUUCUUACUUUGUGCUGCAUCUGUGAUUUUCACAGGUUUGUCUGCAGCAGAUGUUCUGGUCGCACCUGAAGGCGGGAAAGUGAUGUUCGCCCCAGUCAUGAUUCCAGCAGGAGAGCCAGUCAUGCCCUUUCGAGCAGUGAUAUGGAAAUUUGAAUUAUUUAAUAUUAUAACGUCAUUAAGGGAUUUAAACAACACUGAGCCACAGUAUGAAGGAAGGAUCACCCUCUUCAGGUCUAACGGGUCACUGGAGCUCAGGAAUCUGACUCUUAAUGACACUGGGACAUACGACAUUACUAUUAUAACUGAUGCCACAACGUUAAUUGAAGAGCUCACACUGGAGGUGUACGUUCCCAUUUCUAAUGUAACAGUAACUGCCAAUAACACAGAGGUGUUGGAGUUCACCUCUGUCCGUCUGUCCUGCUCCUCCUCUGGAUCCUCCCUCUCUUUCCUCUGGCUCAACGGCAGCUCUGAGGUCACAGCCAGUGACAGAGUCCAGCUCACGGAUGGAGGCUCUUCUGCUCUCAUGAUACAUCAAGUGACCCGCUAUGACCGGGGCCCAUUCAGGUGUCAUGUGACCAAUCCUGUCAGUAAUGGCACCAGUGAUCCAGUGAACCUCUCUGUCAGCUUCGGCCCAGAAAAUGUCACUGUGACUCCAUCCAAAGGAUUUUUUUUGAAUGGCUCAAACAUCAACUUGACGUGCUCGGCUGUCUCCAGACCUGCCGCACACUUUCAGUGGUUUCUGAACGGGGACAAGCUGUUGGACACUGAGCGAGUGCUCAGUCUGGUGAAUGUCCACAUGAAUCAAAGUGGGAACUACAGCUGUCAGGCCUUCAACAACAGAACCAUGAAAAAUGAGACGUCCCUCCCUGCAGUCAUCUCUGUUCUCAAGAGAAUCUCAGCUGCUUCUGUCAACUCAACGAGAACACAAGUGUUUGUGGGAGACUCUGUCAACCUGACCUGUGAGGCUGCAGGCUCCGUCUUCACCAGACGCUGGUUUAAGGACGGCUCGCCUCUGAUACUGAGCGAUGGCAUGAUGUUUCACAACGACAGGCGCGUGUUGUCUUUUCAGAGUCUGACGAGAGACGACAGAGGAGAAUAUACCUGCACUGUCGCCAACCCUAUCAGCAGCGAUGAAGCUAAAUUCACCAUGGUUGUUAUCUUCGGACCAGAAAACAUUCAUAUCAUUGGUCCCAGAGAGAUCAAUGUGAAACAGAUGCUAACACUGAUCUGCGCCGCUGACUCCAUACCACCGGCCCGUUACACCUGGUUCCUGAAUAAAACAGAGAUCAAGAACGAUGCAGUUGUGUUCACCAAAGCUGCCGUUGAAUUGUCCGACAGUGGAAGCUACACCUGCAAAGCCAGGAAUGAGAUCAGUGGCUCAACGACAGAAGCAGUGCACGUGCUGUCAGUCAAACAACUCUCGAGUUGUUCAGCUGGCUGCGUCAUUGGAAUCAUAUUCGCUUGUUGUGUCUUUGCUGGACUCAUUGGUGGAAUAUGUUUCUACUGCAAGAAACGGGGGAAAUAUUCCGCUUCAGAAUAUACAGACGACACAACAGGAGGUGAAGGCCAGAACAACGUAGCAUUCGUACGGAGGAGUGAGGAUCUGACUUACGCGGACGUAAACUUUGUCCAGAGUGAGGACGGUGAGGUGGUCAAGCAGGUGUCAGAAAACGGCGUAUCGGAUUACGCUGAGGUCAAAGUGACGGACAAGACUCCCGAAGAACCCUCAGCUUCUUCUACUCCUGAUGCCAACGUGGAUGUGAAGGACGCCGUCCCUCAGUCUGAUGCUGAUGGGGCAAAAACUGACGCCGGUGACCUGAUCGCACUGGACAUCAUCGAUGAGCCGGUCGACUUAGAUGACGUCACGAUCAGCUAAUGUGUUAGCGCACAGUGUCAGUCAAAACAGUCCAGCUGUAUGUAAAGCUGUAGUGCGUAACUUUUCACACAAUGCAAAUGCACACGCUGCACACAGGAAGUUUGUUUUAUGUGGAGACAGACGAGGGCAACGGCUGACAGGGUGGAGUAAAACACCCGCCCCUGCUCUGCUGCUGUUUACACACAAAUGCUCCCUCCAUGUGACAUCACAAACAACACCAGCAACAACCAAAGGUUACGUACUAGAGCUUUAAUGAUGGAUAAUAUUUCACCUCUCCUUGUUAAUCGGCAUUAUAACAGCUGUUUUAUUUUUAUUAUUAUUGUCUGUGUAACAUCAAUGAAAGCUUCACAUUCAGCUUAGUGACCAGGUUCUCUUCAUGGGACUCAAAUGUUUGCUUUGCAUAUGGUUUGGCACCGCUACGGUUUAAUAUUUGACUCCUAGUCUAGUUUGCAGCUUGUACACACACACACAUGGACCUCUUACUGUCACCUGAACCAUCACACCUAUAUGCCGAAGCAUACCCGUAACCCUCAUCACCACCAGGUGCUCGUGGGCACCAUGUUGGCGACCACUGGCCUAAACAAAGCCUCAUCCAUAACCUUAACCAUAACCAGUUAAUUACCAACCUUAAACCAAAUACAAAUGAUGGAUUUGUCCCUAUUUCCACUUGAGUGGAAAAAAAAACCCAUGACAAAGUUGUAAUAUUCUGUAUGAGAUGAGCAGUGGUUGUGUGUGUGAUAUCUACAGGUAGAAUUACUCAGUCUUGAAGUUUACGCUUUACAAUUAUUACUUGAGUAAAAGUCUUAUGUAAAAAUGAGAAGGUUGUGGGUUUGAUUCUCAGCUUGUGUGAGUGAAUGGGUGUGAAACGGUCGUGUGGAGCAGCCUGGAGUGAUCAUCAACACGUUUAAAUGUAGGAAAGCAACAAGUUGUUUUCCCUGCCAAGCCGAGCUCUUGAGCUCUUGUUGUUGAGGGUCUUCCAUCCCCCAUUAGUUAGUCAUCACUGAAGACUGAACUUCCUGUGAGUUAAUGUGUGAUGAACGCUUGUCUAUAUGUUUUUAACGUUAAAGAAAUCCUCUGUUGAAAACUUAUCUGCGUUCAAACUGAAACAACAGAGUUAGCAAAUCGCAAAAGCUGCAGUUAAAUUGUUUUUUUUUAUUGCCAUUAAAAAUAAUAUGAAUCACGA